AUGGCGUUCAUGGUGAAGAGCAUGGUGGGGGGGCAGCUGAAGAACCUCACGGGGGGCCUGGGCGGCGAGGAGAAGAGCGAGGGCGAGAAAUCUCCGGCCGAGGCGCAGGGCAUGACCCGCGAGGAGUAUGAGGAAUAUCAGCGGCAGCUGGUGGAGGAGAAGAUGGAGAGAGACGCCCAGUUUGCCCAGCGCAAGGCGGAGAGAGCCACGGUCAGGUCCCACUUCCGAGACAAGUACAGGCUCCCCAAGAACGAAACGGAUGACAACCAGAUCCAGCUGGUGGGAGGCGACGUGGAGCUGCCCAAGGAGCUGGCCAAGAUGAUCGAGCAGGACAACGAGGAGGAGGAGGAGAAGAACUCGGUUAUCGGCCAGCUCAGCAACAUCCAGAACCUGGACCUUGAUUCCUUGAAAGACAAAGCUUCGGCCACGCUAGAGGACCUGAAGCAAUCGGCGGAGAAAUGCUCCGUGAUGUGAUGGGGCUGAGCAGGGAGGGGACGCAGCGCAGGCUCUGCCGGGGGCUGCUGCCUGCAGCGGGGCCCCCAGCCACGUUGUCACCUUUGCCGUGUGUCACUCGGCUCCUCCUGAGCCCUGUGACCCCCUCGAGUCCCUGACCCAGCUGUCCCUGAUGUGUGGUUUUCGUUUCGUUCUCCGGGCUGAGGUUAGAGCCGAGAGCCAGCAUGUCCCCCCCGUACCCCAAAGCCUCCCCCGUGGCCGGGCAGGGGGUGU